AUCCAAUUAAAAACCUCGUCGACAAAUGUCGAGUGACAGGCUGAACGGGCGGAAGGUCGGAAGAGGUUAAGGAAGGGAGUCGAGAUCUCGAGAUUUCUCAACUAAUCACGCUCAUUUUCCGAUUUUUUUUCCGAUACGCGCUUGUCGUAUCACAAGGUUUAAUCACGCUCGUUCCGAUGUCAUCGCGUAUCCGUGUCGCAAUUACGCAAAUAAUUCAUCCAUCUUCUAUAGAUAUCAUCUCAACAGGCAACAUAAAAUAAUUACACGUUUACCGGCAAUUGACGAUUUUCCUUGACGGACGACGUAAUGCCGAAUAAGUAACGUACAAUUAUGCGAAAUUUAAAGACGGUAUACCAAAGAGCAUUGAUUAAGUAUCCCGUACGUACACAGGCGGUACAAGCUGGAAUACUAAUGGGGCUCGGUGAUCAAAUUGCACAGAAUUUUAUAGAGAAUGAGUCAAAAACCAUUGAUUUUGUACGUACGAUGCAAUUCACUGGGAUUGGUUUCUUUAUUACUGGGCCGGCAACAAGAAUAUGGUACGGUAUUUUGGAUAAACAUAUAGGUUCUAAAGGUUCUUCCAUCGUAAUAAAGAAAGUUCUUUGCGAUCAAUUGUUCUUCGCUCCUACAUUCGUAGCAGUUUUACUAACUACCAUCGGCAUUUGUCAGGGGAAAGAUAUGGAAAGACUAAAACUUAAACUAAAAAAUGAAUACGGUGAUAUCCUAAAGAAUAAUUAUAAGCUCUGGCCUAUGGUACAACUGAUAAAUUUUUCUCUGGUACCUUUAAAUUACCAAACUCUAGUCGUACAAUCGGUUGCUUUAUUGUGGAAUAGCUACGUUUCGUACAGAACGAAUUCAGACAGACGGAGCGAAGAAUCUAGAGACGAGACUCAUUGAUAGAAAAAUCGAUAAUUAUGAUUACAAUGAGAAGAAUAUUUUGUAAUAUUAGUAGCGAUUAAAAAGUAACUAAAAAUAUA